AUGGAAGACGAAUAUAUGGAAGACGUCGACCAAGAGGAGGAAGAGGAGGAAUAUGAUGAGAACGCUGACGAGGACUUCAGUCCGGACAAGGCGGACAAGGAUGGAGAAGGUGCAUCUUCUUCAGAAGACGAAGAGGCAGGAGAAACGCCAGCGGCGACCAGUAAGAAGCCCCGAAAGCGAAAAUCGGAGGUCGCAGAUGAAAACCUCGAUUCCGGCGACGAGGCCACGAUCAAAGAGCGCAAAAGCAAGAAACGGCGGAAAGAUGCUCGAGAAGAUGAUGAGAGUGGAGGCGAAGGAGGCUUUGUCCGUACACGAGCGCAAAGAGUGGCGGAGAAGGAAGAGCGCAAGCACCGAAAGCGAGCCCGUGAUGGCGAGGUCACAAUCGAUGUAGACCAAGUCUGGGCUGAACUGAGCAGCGUACCGGUCGGAAAGAUUGCUCCUGCGCUCUUGCACCCGGUUCAAGUCGUGAGCGAUGGCACCAUGGACGUGGAUGGCGAGAAUAAGGAGAACGCCCCGAUUUCAUCGACCGCAGCGGACGAAUUGAUCACAAUCAAACGGCGCAUCGAAUAUGCAGGAGAGACAACGGAAGUGGAAGAGCAAGUUCCGCGCAGCUCGAAGGAAGCACAAAGCUUCCUGAUAGAGCAUCCCGAGGCAGACCCGAACUACAAAUCGAACAAUGCCAACGCACUAGGGCUCUCGCGGCCAUUCAAACGCCCUUCUAUGUUUGAACCAAACCCGACAGGCUUUGUCAAGGGUGUUGCGCCGGAGAAGCUACGUCUACGGGCACCAACCAGGAUGGAUGUCCUCAUGACUCAAAAGAGGGAGGAAGAGAAGAAGAAAGCGCAAAAGAUGACCACGGUCGAGAAGAGUCGCGUGGACUGGAAGGGCUUCGUUGACAAGGAAGAAGGCCUGAAAGACCAACUGAAUGAGUAUGGCAGAGGUAGAGGCAACUACCUGGACAGAGAAGGCUUUUUGGGUCGGGCGCAGGCAGCGCGAGAACAAGCCGCAAGAGAUGCCCGGAUGAAGCUGUAG